UGGGCUGGAAGCUCUUUGGAGCAACAGAUAGCAGAGCGGCAGACAGAAGAAGAAGAAAGGGAGAGAAAAGGAGGAAAUUGACCCUUCUCUCUCUUCACUCCUCCAUCUCUACAACACACGACUCUCCUCUGUCCUCCUCCCACCUGACUCGGGGAUCCCCCAACUUUGAGGCUUUUCCCUCUUCCUCCCUCCCGCCUCCUCCCACCUGCCUCCUCUUCUUUGCGCACGCUGCGUUUGCUUUGCUCCGGAGCUUGGCGCACCGCGUUGUCACUAUAAACAGCGGAGACUGAGCGGCACCGCGGGCAGGAGAUACCAGACGGACUGCGGAGUUGCGGGGAUUCCUCCUCCCUUCGUCCUCCACCUCCCACCACCAGCACCACCGAGGCCACGCAGGUUUAAAGAUACCUCUGUGCGAGUGUGUGCGUGAGCGUGACGUGCGUGUGUCCGUGCGGCGCACAGAUGGAGUUGUGCGCUUCGAGUUUGAGUGAGAGCGCCGCAGACCGAGUGGCCGCGCUCCUCCCGGACACCUGCUACCGCUGCAGCGCCUCACAGCUGUAAAGAUGAAGAAAGUCCAAACCUCCGCAAACAUGUGACAUUUUCUUUUUCCUCAAGGGAAUCAGAGAGGGGUAGAGCGCCAAAAAGAGACGGUGUUGUAGAUAUGUGACCCCCUUCACUCCUUCUCUUCUUCUUCUUCAGAGUGAGUUCAGGAUGGGUCCUGUUUGGCUUCUUCUUCUUCUGCUUCCAUCCCUUCUCAGAGCGCAGGUAACUUCAAACUUUACAUCAGGAGUUAAGUUGGAGGCAGACAACACUACUGACUCUUUAACAAACAGCACAGGAGCCUCAGACAUUUCCACCAGCCCCUCCACUUCCAUCCAGUCACCAGAACCUUCUGGGUUUGCAGCAACGCCUUCACAAGCUCCCACAGAGGAGGAAGAUGACUGGUCACCAGCAGAGACCUUCAUGUACACAGGAGAACCCUCCACUCUGGAAGCAGCCCGCUGCUCACGGGCGUAUAGCCCACCUAGGCAGACCGGAUCUCUGCCCAUCAGCUUUAGUGCCCCCCUCCGGCCAGCUUUGGAUGCGCUGGCUAACACGGCCAACUUCCUCAACAUGAUCUUCCAGGCCAGUGACCUGCGAGAGAGCACCGUGGAGGAGGAUAUGGAGUGGUACCAUGCCCUGGUCCGUGCCCUCCUGGAGGCUGACGUGCUCAUCCAACGCGCCCUGCUCACCUUUGACGCUGAUCCAACUGCCCCAGUGCCGCAACUGGUGCUACGUGCCUCCCGCAACCCAAAGGCCAAGGUGCAGACCAUCAUCCUCCAGGACUUAUCCAAGGCCUGGGAGAGCCUGCACCCGCCUGCACCAGCCCCUGAUGACAGCUGGUUCAGAAGAUUUAAAUUCCCAGAGUCCAACCAGCCAAUAGCAGCCCUGUCCAAGCGGGUGCUCCUCAACGACCUCACCACCUUGGACACGCCCAAGUGGAGGCAGGGCGACAGCUAUGUCACCAAUCGCAGUGGGGUAUGCUGGGCCACCGCUCCAUUCCUCGAUUGUACAGACGGACAUUUCACACCUGGGUGGAUGCUCACCCUGUCCACGUCCUUCUACGGCCUCAAGCCUGACCUGACACCAGAGUUCAGAGGUGUGAUCCGUGUGGAUGUCAACAUUCAAGACAUCGACUUGGACCAGUGUGCAUCAGGAGACGGCUGGUUUGCUGACACCCACCAGUGCAACCGCACCACCAUGGAGUGCAUACCAAUCCCAGGCCGUGGUUUUCGACUUGGUCAGUACUGUUGCCGCUGUAAAGAGGGUUACUACAAUCCUGAGAUAGCCCCUCAAGACUUAGGUGUCAAUGCAGAUGGUGGCCCUGCGAACAGGAGUGACGGCGGCAGUAUGUGUUACCCGAACAUGCCCAUCUGUCUCCCAUGCUGGCCGGGCUGUAAGAGCUGUCAGGAUGGCACCCCAUGCUGGGUACAGGAGGCCUGGCUUCUCAGGGCCAGCGUGCUGGCCGUCCAGGGUGUCUUCAUGUUCCUCAUUUUUGUCAGCAUGCUGGUGGCCUACAGGCACCGUCGAAACCGGAGGAUCCGGGCAUCCGGUCUCCUUCUGCUGGAGACAAUCUUGUUCGGCUCUCUGCUCCUCUACUUCCCGGUCUUCAUCAUGUACUUCAAGCCGAGUACGUUCAGGUGUAUUCUGCUCCGCUGGGUCCGAAUGCUUGGCUUCUCCAUCGUCUACGGUACAGUCACACUAAAAAUGUACAGGGUGCUGAAGGUGUUUCUCUCACGCACGGCCCAGAGAGUGCCCUACAUGUCUAGCCUCCACUUGCUGAGGAUUCUGGGAGUGAUGCUGAUGACGGUCAGCUGGUUUCUGUGUGCAUGGACGGUGGGUGUCCUCCAGAACCGCGACAGGAACAUCCCUGUGUUCAUCACAACCACCACGUCAGAGGGGCAGGGGUUCAAUUUGUGUUACCUGGAUCGCUGGGACUACAUGAUGGCUGUGGCUGAGCUUCUGUUCCUUUGUUGGGGCAGCUCCCUGUGGACCGCUGUCAGGCCAGUCCCCUCAGCCUUCCACGAGCCUCGCUACAUGGGCAUUGCCAUCCACAACGAGCUGCUUCUCUCCACCAUGUUUCAUCUGUUCCGGUUCACCUUCCCCUCUCUACAUCCUGAUUGGAUGUUACUGCUCUCCUUCACGCACACCCAUGUGACCAUCACUGUGACACUCGCCCUGCUCUUCAUUCCCAAGUUUCUUUAUGUGUCCAAGCCUGGGAGAGAAGAAAUUGCAGCAGAGGUGUAUGAAGAUGAAGUGGAUCUUCGGCGCUCCGGCUCAUACCUCAACAGCAGUUUUCACUCUGUUUGGAGUGAGCCCAGUGUGGACCCGGAUGACUUUCGGGAUGAGCUGAAGAAGUUAUAUGCCCAGUUAGAAGUCCACAAGACCAAAAAGAUGACAGCUAACAACCCUCAUCUGUCAAAGAAGCGAAGUUCUCGAUGUGCACUGGGGAGAUCCAUUAUUAGACGCAUUGCUGAAAUCCCAGAAAGCAUGAGCCGGCAGUGCAGCCGCGAGGAAAAAGAUGGAUCCUUCCACAGUAGAAGUGUGAAUCAGUCCGAGUCGUUCAGGAGAGGCCCAGAUACAAUAUCAGUCAGUAUCAGUUACAGGAGUUCAAUAAAAACACCAUCACCAUCCAUGCGUAAGUCCCAAAGUGAUCAUCACUAUGUGAGGGAAAGAGACUCUUCUUUGCGUGACUCCAUGUUAAAGAACAAUGCUGUGAAGAGAUCUUCCCGGCGAUCUGAGACCGAUUCCUUAGAUAUUCCACCAGGGGUUUGCAAGUCAGCAAGUGCCCAAAAUCUGACCAUUGACACCAAUCUUCUGCAUCCUGAUCACACCAGGCUUCAUAAGUCCUGGAGUCUAACCUCAACUACUGCCCAUUCUAUGGAGAACAUACCUAAGGUUAACAGAGCCAGCACAGUGCUGUCUAGGUCCAGGCAGAGCAUAUCCAUUAGUGACCAGACCAGGAGUGCUCUCCAGUCAGAGUCAUUUGACAAGACUGAGGUCUGUCCUUGGGAGGUGGAGUCAGAACAAUCAGGAGACAAGAACCAGAAGCAUGUCACCUACGCAAACUCUGAGGAUGCUGAGGAAAACGUGCCACCAUCUCCCCAGAUGCUAAUCUGUCCCUGGGACCAUUUACCAUCUAUAGAAAAAACUCCUUCAGAGGAUAAGGGAAUACAAAGUGAAGCUCCGUCUCCCAAACCACAGGCCCCUGUGUCUGCAAGUGCGCCAGUCUCUCCAAGACCAAAGGUCACAAAAGAUCAACGUGUCUUCUCCUUCCGCACCUCCACAAGUAAGUGGCUUUCAGUGAAAUCAAUUAUGGGAUCCAUGGAUGCAGGAAGCAAGUCUAGUAAAGAUGGAAAUUUACAUAUUGAGGAUUCUGUUUCACAAAAAAGUCAAGAAAGUGCUUCCCCAACACCAAGAUCAGAAACAUCUAGUAGACGCCCAAGCACGGAAAAGCGGUCACUUCAGAAACGAAGUAUGACAACAGACGGAAAACCAUGCCUUGUUAAGCAGAAUGCCAUCAGACUCUCCUCUGGGGAUUCUUGCGACAGAAGCCCAAGAAGGCUUGUGAUUGUAAAAUCUGCUGUCUACCCAUGGGACAUGGAUGAUGUGCAAAAAGAUGGCACUUAUGAAAAUGUGUUUUUAUCAAGGCAGAACAGCAAACGUAGUAGUAUAAGUUCUUGGGAAACUGCCAGCAGCUGUAGAACUCCUUCAACUCACAGAAGAGGUAGUAAUCGAAUUACACCAGUGCGUAAUAUUUCCCAUGCAGAUGUGUGUCCAUGGGAGGGAACUGGUACUUUCCAGGAAGGGGAAGGACCAAAGAAGCAGCAGAGUAUUAAAGCAGACAUCUGCCCUUGGGACUUGCAGGUAUCUGAACCAUCAAAUGUAUGUCCAUGGGAAUCUCAAGAGCAAAUGAAUAUGAGAAGACGAGGAAGUGCGAUUAGUAAUGUGUGUCCUUGGGAAUCUCAGGAGCAAAUGAGUAUGAGAAGACGAGGAAGUGCGAUUAGUAACGUGUGUCCUUGGGAAUCGCAGGAUAUUCCUAUUAUUCAUCAUACUAACGUGUCCAGAGAUUCACAGACACAGUCUUUGAAACGUGCAGCAGAUGGGAGUUUCUGGGAGACUGCAGAAACUUCCAAACCUUCUAUAAGGCAAGAUAAUGAAUAUGCUAAUGUUUGUCCUUGGGAUGUUCAGGACAAGGACGUUGUCUAUGAAAAUCUAAAUCCUUUGGAGACCAAGCAAUCUCUGACAGUGCCCCAUCUACAAGAAGCAGGGAAACCUACCAACUACCCCGGUGCAUCAAAAGAAAGUUUAAGAAAUGAGCAACAAUACCAUGCAAAGUCACCUGCUCUGAAUUUGGGUAGACAGAUGACCAAGACAUCAGAAAGCUGUCCAUGGGAUUUUCCUGAUCCUCCUAAAAUCAUGGAAAACAUUUGUCCAUGGGAAGAGGUAAACACAGACCCAACAAAUACCGAAUCAAGUUCACAAAGGACCAUCAAGGUAGAUAUUUGUCCCUGGGAGACUGGACAAAACAAACCAGAAGACUCACAAAAAGAUGUUUCGCCUUUGAAAGUUGCUACCAUACAGGCUGAAGGGAAAGACAGUGCAAAAGUAAAUAUAUGUCCCUGGGAAACUGAGCCCCCUGAAAAAAGGGGUGAUGAUGCAGUUACCAAGAUGCUCCCACAAGGACUGGAAAAACUGGCUGAUGUUUGUCCAUGGGAUAGCAGUGAACCAGAAUCAGGAAAGCCAGAGACAUCUAAAACAAUAGAGAGUCAUGUAAGGCAAGACACAGUUCAUGCAAAUGUUUGUCCAUGGGAAACAGAAUCCCCAAAAGUUGCACAAAAACACGACAGUGCUCUGGCAGAUGUCUGUCCAUGGGACACAGCAGAACCAAAAGUUCUCAAAAAGCAAGAUAGUGCUCGGGCAGAUGUUUGUCCAUGGGACACAGAAGAACCAAAAGUUCUCAAAAAGCAAGAUAAUGCUCGGGUAGAUGUUUGCCCAUGGGACACAGAUGACCCAAAAGUUCUUACAAAGCAAGAUAGUGCUCAGGUGGAUGUUUGUCCAUGGGAGACAAAUGACCCAAAAGUUCUUACGAAGCAAGAUAGUGCUCGGGCAGAUGUUUGUCCAUGGGACACAGAUGAUCCAAAAGUUCUCACAAAGCAAGAUAGUGCUCGGGCAGAUGUUUGUCCAUGGGACACAGAUGAUCCAAAAGUUCUCACAAAGCAAGACACUGCUCGGGCAGAUGUUUGUCCAUGGGACACAGCGGACCCAAAAGUUAUCACAAAGCAAGACACUGCUCAGGCAGAUGUUUGUCCAUGGGAUUCUAGGGAUCCACAAACCUUAACUGAAAGUAAAGUUGAAACUCCCACCAGUGACAAAGUUGAAGUCACAGAGAACCCGGGGCCACUCAGUGUAGAAGAGAUACCUGCAGCUAUCAGCACAGCGCAGAUAAAUGAAUCUAAGGAAAACUUAGCCCUGGGGCGCCGUGAUGCUUUGUGUCCUUGGGAAAUGUCAAGGAACAAUUCUGGUUCAUUCACUGACAAUACCUCGGAUGUUUUUACAUGGGAGCCUGAGAAUAUUCCUGAGGAAGAUGAGGAAGACGAUGCAGAAUGUGCUGCUGAGGCUUUUGUAUUCCCACCCGACUUGUGACCCAAAUCUAGCCAGCAUUUGCUUUCACUUUUGACCCAUCCCACUGAAUCUAGAGGAAUGUGAACUAAUCAUAUUAGUACUACUGGUGGUAGCCUGUUGAAGGGGAACUUUUGGGAACAACUGUUAUUAACAUUUCCCAUCUCCACAAGGAGAUCAGAGUGCAGGCUCAGCUGACGAAAAACUCCCCUGCAGUUGGCAGAGCUGAGAGCCCUUUCUGUUGGAGAAUUAUUUUGGUUGCUUAAAGACAGAAUUUAGGGCUGUAUUAUUUCAGGUUGGACUAUCCAUUUGAGCCAUGGCACUGUCUGACUAAGAAGCCUAUAGUAGAGACUUGAUGAAAUGGACACAAUACGUUGUGCAAACCGGAACACAUAUUGCAAACUCAUUAUGUUCCUAAUCAAUCCAGAAAUUAACGACAAAUUGACGUUUCUUGGCGCAUUAGCUGAAGACUCUUUUCUUCCUGCUUCUACCCCCCAUUUUAAAGUAAAAUGUUUUUGUGUCUUUGUAUGUUAUUAGGUGACACAUAUUUGCCAUGUACGUACAGUAUGUUGAACACAUAGCUGGGGUGAAUAUAUUACAAAAUCUGAUCUUAAGUCCACAGUGCUCAUAAUCAAAACUUUACAUAGCAAAGAGGAGAUGGAACUCAAUGGACGAUGGAAGCGUAACCAGCAUAUACCAGAUAAAUAAAAUCUAAUUUUGUUCUUUUGUGGAAAUUAUAUUUUUAAAGUGAAAGAAAGUGUUACAUGUAAAGCAGUGCUGCCAAAACUACAAUAGAUGUCAAAUUACAUUUCUAUUAAGUGUUAAUGAUUGAUAAAACUAUGCAUACCUGUUUGCUUGAGUGACUUAUUCAUGACUAAAGGCCAAUGAUUAAUAUUACUCUGCCAAUUGAUUCAGUCAUAUUAGGGAAAGUGACAUUCCACCACAUACAAGUAACAAUGUCAAAAAUUGCAUAACUCACCAUAAACUGAAGUGAAAAGCUACAUAAUUAUAUUAUAUAUCUGAGCAUUUAGAAAGUCUUAUCAUUGCCUUUUAUGUUGAUGCAAUGUAGUGGACACUAGUUUCAUUAAGCUGGGACAAUGAAAUUAAACAUUAAAAACUAUUAGAAAUACAUUAUUUUUAAAUGUUUGGGAAUAGCAAAACAACUAACACAGGACAUUUAUGUUGCAGCUAACCUGACCUACUUCCAGUUUUACUCUAAAUGCUGCAAAUGAUGAGGGUUCAGUUUUAAUGAAAAAUGGGGCUGCCCUCAAUCAACUACAAAAGUUUUUGUCAGAGUUUUUUAUGCAGAUAAUAUUAGUCAUUAUAGUUCUAACUGGAAGAAAUCACAACUUUGGCAGCACUUUAAUAUUCAAGUGCAAUCUGCAUGACAUUGAUAUGCAGACAAUUGGUAAUGCUAAUAAAUAAUGACAAAGUUAAAUCAACUUAUGGAUUAGUCAAAGAUGUCAAAGACUAUUAGAUAUCCAUUAUUAGGUAAUAAUUUCUUUAUAUCAAGAGUAACUCUACAUUUCAUGUCUGACAGUGGGUGUGCUUUAAAAAGUUUAGAGUCACUAAGACGCCUGCAACUUUUUAAAACCAGUAUUAAGUUAGAAAAAGUUUUAUGAGGAAUAAAAACAGUUUUCUGUAAUGAUGUAAUGAAGUUACAUGUCUAUGCCAGCAAUUUGUCUGUGAAAUCAGGUGUCAGCUUUUCAGCACUUCUGCUACAGUGACUCUAGGUUUGUCAUUCAGUAAUCUCAUUGUUAAACACUGCACUGAGUUUUUUUGUCAAUGGAGUGAACUAGUUUUGUGAGCAUUGUUGCAUGUUAGUGUGUUUUUGAAUGAGCGUGCUGUAAUUUGUUGUCACAUAAAAAAAAAAAAUCUGAUGUUGUUGUAACAUUCCAUGAUUUGCAUAAAGAAACAGCUUAAGUUCUGUUUUGAAUUUUGUAUGCAAUUUCUUCUAUGAACGAUUAUUCUGAUAAAAAAAAAUCCUCUAAAAU